AUGAUCAUUGAGCGAGAGCUUCGGUUAUAUACUCACAGCAGGCAGCCUGCAGACCAGCAGCGUGGAAUGCAGGAUAGGGGGGCUGGACAAUACAGGAACGCAGGCGUCGGUGCCCGAUGCUUGGGAUGCUUAGGCGGUUUGGAGCGCCCUCGGGAGUCUGCGGACCGGCACCGACAGAAAUCCCGGGCCGACUGCCCCCACCCCGGGAGCGCGGGCACGUGCGCAGCAGCCUACAGCGCGCCCGGGAGGGCCGGGGCUUCCCCUUCCCCGCCCUCCCGGCUUUCGCAGCCGAGUCCGGCUCUCCGCCCGCCGCCCGCGGAAGCCUCACGGCACAGCAGCGUCCCCAGCCCGGGCCGUUCCGGGGACCGGAGGGCGCAGCGCGUAAGGGGCCCGCAGGAUCCAAACUGCCGAGGAGGAGCAGGAGGAGGGAGGAGGAAGAAGAGGAAGACGUGGAGGAGGAGGGGAGGGAGGCAGAAGAAAGAGAGGCCGAAGACUAGGAGAAAAUGGGCCCGCGGAAGCCGAGGGGGUGCGUCGGCCGAGCAGGGCGCGGACGCCGAGCGAGCCCAGCGCCUCCCAAAAGCCUCACCAGCCGCCCCGCCCGGCCGCGCCGCUCCGCCGACUCCCAGGCCGGCCCAGGCCGGAGCGUGGCGCCGUCGGGAGGUUGCAGAGUUCCUGGAGCUCACGGCUGAGCCCGAAGGAAGUCGCCCUCGAUGGGCACGAAGCGGGGCCCAGGCACGCCCGCGAGAUCGCGUUAGGAUCUGCGGUCCUCCGACUGGCGCGGGCCUGCUGCGCCUUCGCCACACACCCCCACUCUGGGCCUGGACUCCGCAGUGACGCCGGGUAUUUCUGAGCGUCUGACCACCCCCUCCCCCACAGCCUUUUCGUUCCCACCCAACCCCUUUCUAGGAGCAGCUUCUAGUUGCAGCUCAGGACCCAUGAGUUCACCCUCUCGCCAAGCACCCAGCUCCCGGCCCUGCCUACGGUCACCCGCAAACCUAAUGGUCGGCUAAGCGCCGCAGUGGCCCGAGAUGACACCAGGAGCCUCCCUUGCUGUGCGCUUCCGGAAGACGCGGAACGUCUUUCUCACACUCCUGGGACACAAAAAUACCCGACAACUCAAAAUCGCCGAAACACAUCUUUUCAUGCUUUAAAAACCUCUGCCCAAGCCUGUGGCAGGAGCAUAUCCAACUGUGAUUUGGAUUUAUUUUUGAACAUGGAAUCGAAGGGAAGAGGGGAGGGAUUCGCAACUAAAGCGUAGUUUUUUCUCAAGCAAGUCUUUACAUGGCCCCAAACCUACUCUAGUUCUCUGUCAUUCAGCCACCAAACAUCUCUGCCUGCCUUUAUGAUUCGGAUCUCACUCCACUAUUAGCACUAACUCCUAAAUCCACAAAGAGAUAACUGCGGGACACCAAACCCACAGCUGCCCUUCCCCUACCUUCCAAGCAACCAGUGUCAAUCUCCUCACUGUAGUUCCCAGCAUCCCAGCCUGGGGUGCGGAGAACGAUAAAUUAAAUAACAUAGCGGGGAGGAGAGGACACAGGGUUUUGAAAGACGGUAAGCAUUCAGCUGUGUUCCCCUCUGCGUCCUUACACUUGCUGAGCACUGACACCAAAUUUAAACCGCGUUCCUUCAAUACUGAUGUAAUUGUAAAGAGCUAUAAAGGGCAAUGAUCUCUUCAAGUCAGUGUUUUUUUCCCCAGGUAUCCUACAAGGUCUGCACAAAUCGAGAAAGCAUCAUGUAGCAGAAAUGCUGAAAACUAUAGAUGCUGCAAAACCUCAUUCUGAGGCUGAAAACUGUGAAUAGUGGGUGUAUUUCCUCCUGCGGUGCAGAACAAGAACAACCAAAAAGAAAGCAACAAGGGGAAAGGUUAUUUAUUUUAAUGAUACCAAAAACACCAGUCCUAGCAAUUUAUUAAAGUAAAAUCAUAGUCCUUUAAA